AUGUUCGAACCCGCGAGUUUACACAAUUCUAACUAUGAGGAUGACAUAAGAUAUACCGUGCAAGUGCACAGGCUGAUCUUGGGAUUGAUCGGCAUGUGGCCGAUUUUUAAAAAAGUCCAACUUCGAAAGAGACUUUCGAAGGUAGUCCUCCGGACAGUGCGUUGCUUCCUGCUGUCCUUCAAUCUGAUACCAUGGGCGUUAUACAUGUUUCUGAUCUUGGAUACCUUCAAGAGCAGACUGAGAAUGAUCGGUGGGCUCUGUUUUUACAGUAUGGUACCCGCCAUGUAUUGCACGCUUAUGUUAUGGGAGAAUAAUAUCAGGGAAUGCAUGAAACACAUAGAGAAGGACUGGCAAAAUGUUCGAGACGCGAACGACCGUAGAAUUAUGCUGGAUCGGGCAAAAGCUGGGCGUUUCAUUCUGAUUUGCGCUACGAUAUUCCUGUUCACCAGCGGUUUUAGUUACCGUCUGAUACAGCCGAUAAUUCGCGGCAAGAUCGUUGUCAAUGAGAACAUCACUAUCAGACCGCUAGUGCAAAGCAAUUACUUUGUCUUCUUUGAUCCGCAGCGCAGUCCUGCUUACGAGAUCGUAUUUUCGAUGCAUUUAUUGACCGGUAUUGUCAUAUAUAUUACUAUGGCAAGUGUUUGUGGCGUUACCUCGUUGUUUACUAUGCACGCUUGCGGACAACUCGAAAUGCUGGCCGCUUGGCUGGAAGAUCUGUUAAACGAGGAUCAGUCGAAGAACAAUUAUGUCGUUGCUCAAAGAUUAGCAGCGAUUAUCAUGCAUCAUGUAAGGAUACGUAGAUUUUUACAUCGCAUACAAAAUCUCGUAGGAGAAAUGUGUUUUAUCGAGAUUGUUGGCAGCACUUUAAUAUUGUGUCUGCUAGGAUAUUAUGUGAUAACGGGAUGGGAACGGAACGAUGCUCUCUCCUCUCUAACAUAUGCCGUAAUGCUUACAUCUUUUACCUUUAAUAUUUUUAUAUUAUGUUACAUUGGAGAAAUUUUAAGUAGUCAGGGAAGUAAAGUAUACAUAACUUGCUGCACAAUCGAUUGGUAUUGGCUGCCUAGUAAACAAGCUCGUCAUCUUAUCCUAAUGAUUGCCAUGGCUAAUUAUUCUACGAAGCUCACGGCGGGUAAAGUGUUUGAUCUUUCAUUCAGCAGUUUUGGUGCCAUUGUUAGAACCGCGUUGGCGUAUUUAAAUUUGCUGCGGACAGUCACUGUAUAAUCGCGUAAUAUUAAGUAUAU